GCAAACGGGCAGGCGGGUAGAACGGCUUCGUGCGCGCUGGACCCCGGUGCAGAACACGGCCCUAGGGUACGCGCGACCAAAGAGCCGGCGCGCAGCGCAAUCGGUUGCAGCAUGUACCGACUCUGCAGGAAUGAAACUCUGGAACCGCCGAUCUCAUAUGCAUUAUGCGACACCUGGAGGAUCGCCAGCAGCCUGUGCAGCGAUGACCCCAACAUUGUCAACUCUAUCGGCCUUUGUGGCCAGCUCCAAGCUGCAUUUUCCAGCGCCUCCGAGUUCCGCAGAUGUAUGAACCCGUACAUGUUAAACAGAACGUCGAAGGUUCUGGAACUCGCUCUCGACGCUUGUGGCCGCAUGGACGGACCCUAUUAUUCAUACAAUCCCACCCAAAUGCUGGGCUGCGAGGAAUGUACACCGCAGUCCUGCCCUGACCCGCUAGUGUCGUACUGUGAGGGUUGCUACAGUAUGGAUAUGGGCAAUUGCUCUGCUUUCUUUGCCUUUUGCGAGAUUGACGCCCCGUUACAUGGUGACGGCGCCGCGUUUCUGUGUCUGCGACCUGAAUACCGGAAGACCGCGCCGGCGCCACCCCGGCCACCGUCGCCUCCACCCGAACCACCAUAUUGCGGAUCGUACGAAUAUCCGUCGGAGAACAUCACUGCGGAUGUAAACUCUCUUUGCAAGGAUAUGCCGUACAUGCCCGGCUGCACGAUACAAUCAGCGUGCAAGGCCGGCAAAGUGACUGGUACUUUCUGCCGGCCCAUGACGCUGCUCGCCACCAUCUGCGCCGACAUGCCUGGAAUGAGCGGAUGCAAGUCGUACAUGCAGCUGUGCCGAAACACAAGUGUCGUACGGCAGUGCGCGCAGUUCCCCGCCAUCCCAGGGCUGCCCACAACCAAUGUCGCUCGCAAGGCCGUGCUGGACAUGUGCGGGUCGAUGGACAUGGUGCAGUGCGAGAAUUGCACUCGGCUGUCGUGCAACAUUGAUUUCAUCGGCGGGAUGUCCAGCAUGUGUACGGAAAUGCCGUACAUGGUUGGUUGUGAUGUGUACGCCGCCUGUACAUCUGCCUCCGACAUCCCUUCGAUGCUCAUGUUCUUUCAUCAACGGACGCGCGAGCUGCUGCUCUUCAGAACUUGGAUGCCCAAGACGACAGGUGAAGCCGUCGGCAGCUUCAUCGCCAUCACGACCAUGAGUUUUACCGCCGUUGCGCUGCGCACCGCCCAGUUCAUCAUGGCCACCGCAGCGGCCGCGGGCCGGCUGGGGCCGCUGGGGCCGCCGCCAGCCGAGGUCAGACCCGGGCUGUGGUGGCUGCCCAGCGGCGGCCAAGCACUGCAGAACCUGCUGUCCUCCGUCUUCACAUUGGUGGUCACCACGCUGGAUCUGUUCGCCAUGCUCAUCGCGAUGACCUUUAACGGCGCCUACUUUGCGGCGGUUGUGUUGGGCUACUCCCUGGGCACGCUGCUGCUAGGCCACCUGCGGGACAACUACCAGCGCCGAGUGGGUGCACCCGCCGGGGCGCCCACCAACGCCGACGUGGAGGUGUGCUGCGGCGCCGCAGUCCCGCCCGUAUCUGUGGCCCCCAACGGCACCGUAUCGGCCGACAGGGUCACAACAAACGGCGUCGCGGCGGCCGAAAAGGUCACAACAAACGGCGUCGCGGCGGCGGCGUUGAACGGCGCAGCGGAGAAGCGAAGAACGUCACUGAACGGCGGAGGAGCAGUUGCACUGCAUGAAAGCGAAAGUGUUCGCAAGUCAGGUUUUUCGGUGUUGUGA